AUGUCGUCAGUCAACUCAGUGGCCCCCAUCCAUCCCGUUAACACCAUCAUCACCCCUGGUGCCAUCAAUGUCACUACUACAGCCUCUGUGGUGACCUCCACCGUCGCAGCUGGAAAUGGCUCCACAGACUCCUCCGUCUCUCACAUCCACCCCAUUCGAACAUAUAUCACCCCUCAGAGCGGAUCUGAGGCUGCCAGCAACAAGGAGGUGUCCAACGGCGGCUCUGCUUCCGGUCUGGCCUCUGCUACCGCUUCUUCUGGAGCCGCCUCUUCUGGAAGAGCAGCUACGGCUGACUCUACCUCGGCUCCAUCCAAUUCCAAGUCUGACGCCGCAUCUUCGGCCUCCCCUGCCUCGUCUGCCCCUGCCAAUGCCAACGGAGCCACCUCUCUGGCCGUUGCUGGAACAGUGGUCAUGGUUGGUUUCGCAGCUCUGCUUUUUUAA